GAUAACGAGGGCCUGGGAGUUGAGCAGAUCGACCCAGAAAAUAUAUGAUCAGAUUUACUAUAAAGCGUUGGCCAGCUCCAUUACCCAUUCUUCCAUUCACCCUGUGUUCAUACACAAUACGUUUGUUUUUAUUUUGGACCACCAUUUUGUAAAGACGCAGUGAUCACAACAGAAUACGGAUCAACUCACCACAGAGAGAAACACAUGAGGAGACUGAGAGCAGACCGCUGACCAGACACCCGUGACGAGGACCUGUUUCCUUGAACACCAAGACAGAUCCCCUCAGGAAAAGAGAGGGAAAAAGGAGAAAGAAUAGAAGGGAGUCUAUGAAAGGAGACGGUCGUCUCAUCAUCCAGCGGGUGCCACCGAGGCGAAGUAUCAGGUGAGAGUAAGCAGGAGAGGAUCGGAGGUACAGGGUAAGGGGUCGGACAGCUCUACCCCCCUCACCCCCCACCCCACCCCACCCCACGCCAAGAGUGAGAUUGUGUGGUUGUCCUCGCCGCCGCUGUUGUUCUAGUGACCGCCAUCAUGAAGCUGAAGGAGGACAUGAGCCCGCUGCUGUUGCAGGUGUUCCGGUCAGUGGUGUGGGUCUACUCGGUCAUCACCUUCCUGCCCUGGUACGUGCUCUCGGGCGCCAGCGCUAGCCAACGGCGCGCCAAGCGUCUGAAGGCGCACGCGGUGAGCGGGCGGCCCGCCGGGCCCUACAGGUCGGUCAACAGCGCCCAGCGGCUGGUGUCAGCGCUGCACGAGGGCGUGGACACGCUGGACAAGGUGUUUGAGUACGCGGCGCAGCACUUUCCCCAGCGGGACUGCCUGGGCACACGGGAGCUGCUCAGCGAGGAGGACGAGCUGCAGCCCAACGGCAAAAUCUUCAAGAAGGUGAUCUUGGGGGAGUAUCAGUGGAUGUCGUAUGAGCAGGCGUUCCAGGCAGCGCAGCACUUUGGCAGUGGUCUGGCCUCUCUAGAGCAGAAGCCACUGUGCAACAUCGCCAUCUUCUGUGAGACACGGGCCGAGUGGAUGAUCGCUGCCCAGGCCUGCUUCAUGUACAACUUCCCCGUGGUAACGCUGUACUCCACCCUCGGAGGCCCCGCCAUUGCUCAUGGGCUGAACGAGACCGAGGUCACACACAUCAUCACCAGCAAGGACCUACUACAGAGCCGACUGAAGGCGAUUCUGUUGGACGUUCCCAGGCUGCAGCACAUUAUUGUGGUGGACAGUAAGCCCACCACCUGGCCGGGAAUGCCCAGAGGCAUCAUGGUCCACAACAUGGACGCCGUGCAGGAACUCGGGGCCAAGCCAGAGAACAUGGCGAAGCCACGUGCCCAGCCGCUGCCGUCGGACAUUGCCGUGAUCAUGUACACAAGCGGCUCCACGGGCAUCCCCAAAGGAGUCAUGAUCUCCCAUAGCAACAUCAUCGCCGGCAUCACCGGCAUGGCGGAGCGCAUCCCUGACCUGGAUGAGAAUGACACCUACAUCGGGUACCUGCCCCUGGCCCACGUGCUGGAACUAAGUGCUGAGCUGGUCUCUCUGUCUCACGGGUGCCGUAUCGGAUACUCCUCCCCUCAGACGCUAGCUGACCAGUCCACUAAGAUAAAGAAGGGCAGUAAGGGGGACACCAGUGUGCUGAAGCCCACCCUGAUGGCGGCCGUGCCGGAGAUCAUGGACCGUAUCUACAAGAAUGUCAUGACUAAGGUGGAGGAGAUGAGCAGUGUCCAGCGCAGUCUCUUCGUGCUCGCCUACAACUACAAGAUGGAGCAGAUCUCCAAAGGCUACGGCACGCCGCUCUGUGACCGGCUGGUGUUUAAUAAGGUACGCUCUCUGCUUGGGGGGAACACGCGUCUGCUUCUGUCGGGUGGAGCGCCCCUCUCGGCCGCCACACAGCGCUUCAUGAACAUCUGUUUCUGCUGCCCCGUGGGACAGGGCUACGGCCUCACCGAGACCUGUGGAGCGGGCACCAUCAGCGACAUGUGUGACUUCAGCACAGGAAGGGUGGGGGCGCCACUGGUCUGCUCUGAGAUCAAACUGAAGGACUGGGAAGAGGGAGGUUACUAUAGCACUGACAAACCCAACCCACGAGGGGAGAUCCUGAUCGGGGGCCCAAAUGUUGCCAUGGGUUACUACAAGAACGAGGCCAAGAAAGUGGAGGACUUUUUUGUUGAUGAGAAUGGCCAGCGCUGGUUCUGUACGGGAGACAUCGGGGAGUUCCACCCCGACGGAUGCCUCAAGAUCAUCGACCGCAAGAAGGACCUUGUAAAGCUGCAGGCUGGAGAGUACGUAUCUCUGGGAAAGGUGGAAGCCGUGUUGAAGAACUGCCCCCUCAUUGACAACAUCUGUGCCUAUGCUAACAGUGACCAGUCGUACGUCAUCAGUUUCGUGGUGCCCAACCAGAAGCAGCUGACGUCACUGGCGGAGCAGAGCGGUGUGCGGGGCUCGUGGGAGGAGGUGUGCAACAGCCCCGUCAUGGAGAAGGAAGUCUUGCGCGUCAUCACCGACGCCGCCGUCACAGCAAACAUGGAGCGCUUUGAGAUCCCCAAGAAGAUCCGGGCCUGAGCCAGAGCCUGGGAC